AUGUUCAGAAACAACUACGACAACGAUGCUGUCACCUUCUCCCCGCAGGGGCGGAUAUUCCAAGUCGAGUAUGCACAGGAGGCCGUGAAGCAAGGAUCUGUGGUGGUGGGAUUGGUGAACAAGACACAUGCCGUCCUGGUCGGACUCAAGCGUAAUGCCGAAGAACUCUCCUCCUAUCAGAAGAAGAUUAUCGAGAUCGAUUCGCACAUGGCGAUUGCCAUCGCCGGCCUGGCAUCAGACGCCCGCGUCCUCUCCAACUUCAUGAAGCAGCAAUCGCUUGGUUCGAAGAUGACCUACGGCCGACCAAUCCCGCUGGACCGCAUCGUUACGCAGAUCGGUGACCGCGCGCAAACCAACACCCAGCACUACGGAAAGCGGCCGUACGGCGUGGGCCUGCUUGUGGCCGGCGUUGACGAGGCUGGCCCGCACCUGUUCGAGUUCCAGCCCUCGGGUCUGAUCCACGAGAUGGUGGCUUGUGCCAUCGGUGCCCGCUCCCAGAUGGCACGCACAUACCUCGAGCGCAAUCUUGAUAAGUUCGCGGACUGCAGCCGCGACCAGCUGAUCCAGCACGGCCUGCGGGCACUUAAGGAGACGCUCUCGCAGGAUAAGGAGCUUACGGUGGACAAUACUUCUGUUGGCGUGGUUGGACUGGCUUCCGAGGGUUCGAAGGGUCGCAUCGAGAGCUUCAAGCUGUAUGAGGGUCAGGAGACUGUGCCGCUGCUCGAGGCGCUGGAGCGAUCUGAAGCGUCUGGUACUGUGGAGGACGAGUCGAUGGAGGUUGAUUCAUAA